UCGCUCUUAUCUAUCCUACCAGUAGUCGUUAUAUCUACCAGUGGUAGCUAUUCUGCCAGGCCACUGACUAUUCUUCAAGAGUGCCAUUUCUACCAUACCACUGGCUAGUCUACCAGUAGUCUUUGGCUCUUUCAGAAAAUAUUGGCUCUAUCAGUAGACAUUGGCUCUAUCAGUACCAUUGUCAGUAGUAGUACCAUUGGCUAUUUCACCUUACCACUGGCCAUUCUGCCACUCCACUGGCCAUUCAAGAGUACCAUCAGCACCAGUAACUGACCUUUCUACCACACCACUACCUUCUACGUCCACCCCAGACCUUUCAUUUCUUCCUCAACCGCUCACUAAAUUCGAAAAAAUUUUCAACACUACUCCAAGCUUCAGUACUAGCUCCAGCGAUCUAUAGCAUUAUACACAUCGACAACCCACCAGCACAUCCAGAUCUGAACAUCGUACAUCAUGUUUAAGACCAGAAAAGAAAUGAAUGGCGAAGACUACGGCGCCACCAUUCCCUUGAAUAGAGGAGGCCAGCGCUACACCAUCAACGAGGUGUUCGACGUGUGGUACCAGAACCAAAGCCAGAUCUUGGCUGCAGACGUCGAGCUUCCCGUCAAGAACGGCGAAAACUACAAAUUGACCAGACCCAGAGAGAUCUACCACUUAGAACUAGCCCCCAGAGGCUUGGACGAAAACGGGACGGCUGCCAACGAAAUGGCGUCAGUUGAGGACUCUCUCGCGUCCACCGCGCUUGAUGACUCCUCAAUGGCGUCCCAGCAACCGGAAUCGACUCCAGUGGCCCAGACACUGACGGCUGCCCCUCUUCCCACUUUGCCGCCAGGAUUGGCACCUCCUACCAUGGAGUCGCCCUCCAACGUUCCACUCUUGACCCCCGACAAGAUCGAGUGGUACUACAUAGAUCCUUUGGGCACGGAACAGGGCCCAUUCAACGGCGAUUUGAUGCAAGAGUGGUUAACGGGUGGCUACUUGGACCUCGAGCUCCGCAUCAGAAGAAAGGAAGAACGCAACUACAAGCCGUUAAAACAGCUCUGUGAGGCAGUCCAGAACUACAUCCAGCCAUUCAAGGUGCCACUUCCCGACUUGAACCACCAGCCAGCACUUCCGCAGUUCAUUAGCCACCACCCGCUUCCCCAACAGACCCAGUUGCACCAGAUCUUGUCCCACGGUCCUGGCAACUUGGGGUCUGCCAGCAUGAGGUUGAAUCAGCUCGGGUCCCAGACCAACUUGUUUGGAAAUGAUUUCAUCAAUCCCGACCCAUUUGCCGUCAGUGCUCCAGGUUCCAGUGCCUACCCUAAUCCAUCUGGCUUUGGCAACAUGGACCCCAUGCACCAAAACUUGGGCUUCCCGUUGAAUAUGCCGACAUUGCUCCAGCAACAGAUUCAGCACCAGCAGCACGCGCAGCCUGGCUUGUCCAGAAACAACAGCGGCUGGGGACUUGAUGGUGCCAAUGGGUUGAUGGGAGGAAGUUCGCCUGGAACGCCAGUAUCCGUUAACCCUGUGUUAUCUGGACAAAUCAACCAGCCUACACCAAUUUCUCCGUGGUUGACGGGUGUGCAGUCGCUGUCCCGUGUCAACUCGCCAUUUGUUCCAUCCUCCACCAUCACCAAGGAAUCUUCGGAGCCACACACAGACGACCAUGUCCUCGAUGGCAUCCACAGCUCCGUUGUCACCGAUAUUUUGGGCGACGUGGAAGAAGCCAAAAUUCCUGUGGUUGCUGAGCAGGCUCCUGCUGUUCCCGAGCCUGUGGCCGAAACCGUUGAAGAAUCUAUCCCGGAACCAGCUACUGAGGCUCCAGCUCCAGCUCCGGCUCCUGUUGAAAUUGAACAAGAACAACCAGUAGAGGUGGAAGAAGCAGAAAAAAUUGAGAUUGCCGAAUCCUUGAAGCCGGCUGUUCCUAGCCAACAAGAAUUGGCCCCAUGGGCCUCGUCCGCAGCCACCAACUCGCCAGCAUUGACAUUGAAAGAAAUUCAAGCUUUGGAAGCCGAAAAGAUGGAAAAGCAAAGACAAAUUCAACUCCAAUUGAAGGAACAACAAAUGCAACAAGCGGCUGUAUUGAAGCAAUUCGCGGUUGAAGAUAAGCCUGUCGAAAAGCCAUUCCUUCCAAAGAGCUCCAGCUGGGCCACCAAUGCCCCUUCCACACCUACCAAGACAUUGGCCGAAAUUCAAAGAGAAGAAGCAGAGGCCGCAAAAGCAAAGUCCGUUAAGACCAAGGUCUCUGUUUCGUCUGCCAGACCAUCCUCGUUCGCUAGUGCCUUGGCCAACUCUGUACCUGAAGAAAACUCUGCAUGGACCACCGUCACUGCUAAGAAGCCGGUGGCCAAGAAGCCUACAGCUUCCCAAAUCCUUACUCCCAGCGUUCCAACCAAGACCAACCCUCAAUUAUUGCGUUCAGUUUCGGCUCAAAGACCCGUUUCCAGUGUCAACAACAAUGCAGUUAGGGAAGAGUUCUUGAUUUGGGCCAGAUCUUCCAUGACCAACUUAUAUCCAACUGUCUCCAAGGACGAUUUAUUAGACAUCUUCAUCACCUUGCCAGCUUCAAGUGCUGACUCUUCAUCGUUGAUUGCCGAGACCAUCUAUAGCUCUUCGGCAACGAUGGACGGAAGAAGAUUUGCCCAAGAAUUUUUGAAGAGAAGACAAAAGGUUGACCAGCAAAUCGGCAAGAAUGAUGAAGGAGCAUGGUCUGCUGCCAUCGCUUCUUCUGCUGACAAGUCUGUUACUGUGGACGAAGACGGUUGGAGUACUACUGUCAAGUCCAAGAAAAAGGGCAAGAAGUUCUGAGUGUGUCUCAGAGCUUUGUAAAUAGCACCAAAAAGAAAGUAGUACAUAUUUUUGAGUUCAGAAUGGA